CGUACAGCAGUGUGUUUGUCUGCGUCGUGUUGUGCAAUCCCACUGUGCAGGCCAUGUGUUGACCCUUGGUGCUCCCCAAGGACUGAGGCUUGGGACAAACACACGAACACACAGAACAGCAGUCGUCAAAGAAGUAAGCCUCAGUUAGACUCGGUCACUGCCCAGCUGCUCGUCCAAAUGCAAUUGCCUUUAAUCCUUUUGUUUCUCCAGCUGUGGGGAAACGUGGAGGUUUCUUUAUCACAGAAUGCAUGUCCAAAACCCCCAGUGGUUCCUCACGCCAGUGUGUCAGAAGUGACCAAAAAAGCUGUGUACCAACAAGGAAACGUGAUCCAUUUCGUUUGUGAAACUGGUUAUACAUCAUUCCCACCCAUCAGAUAUGCAUGUACAGAGAAUGGCUGGUUAUUAACCAGUCGGGGAAGAUGCAACUUAAAGCCAUGUGUACUUCCCGAUGACACGCCCAAUGGCUAUUAUCAAAUAAUCCACGGGAAGAGUUUUUUUGGAACAACAAUCAAAUACUUUUGUAAUGAAGGGUAUCAAAUGGUAAGUAAGGUUGACACCAGGACUUGCGGGCUGGACAAAUGGACCAAUCAUGUGCCAAUAUGUGAUCGUUUGAGCUGCGACCCCCCGCCUGCAGAUGGAGGGGUUACAGUAAUAGGUUUACCAGAUAAUGACAAUCCCAUUCUCCCUGACCACCUCCUCAAAUUCAGCUGUGAAGGACCUGGGAAAUAUCUGAAUGGCAGUUCAGUGCUGAAAUGUGGUCAAGAUGGACAGUGGGAUCAUCCAUUCCCCACUUGUGAAAACAUAACCAGACACGAGGAGGAAUGUCGACAAAAUUGUGCAGAAACCUGCAAAGUCCCAGGUCCAUCAGACGGCUUACCACUCACCACACAUGUACAGGAACUCAGAACAGGAGAAAAGUUGACGUUUACUUGCCGCCGGCGUGGAGACUAUCUAAGAGGGAAAGCUGAGGUUGAAUGUUUAGCAGGCGGACGGUGGAGUGAUCCCUUCCCAACAUGUGGAGCUCCUUCAGGUUGUGGGACACCACCACACAUUGCAGAUGCAGACACCAGGGGAACUGUUAAAUCCCAGUACAGACAUGGAGAAAGGGUUGAAUACAGCUGUCAGAAUUACUACACUAGGGAGGGUGAGGCUUACAAAACCUGCCACAAUGGUGAAUGGACCGGACAGAUGAGAUGCCUCAAACCCUGUACUGUGGAUAGAGAGCUCAUGAACAGAUAUAAUAUUGUCUUCAGAUAUACUCAUUACGAUAAGCUUUAUUCAACCCAUACUGAUUUUAUCGAGUUCACUUGUUCAAAAGGAGUUCAUACCGGCACAUUGUCCAUGCGUCAGCAGUGUAUUGAUGGUGUGAUGAACCUGCCCACUUGCCAGUAAAAGUUUUUAGUUAACUGGAUGUGAUGAACAUGAUCUGGCUGGACAAACAUGUAAACAAUUAACCCAAGUAAAAAGUAAGACCAAUUAUGAUCCAGUGUCUGUACUUCAGAUCUUUGUGUCAUAAUUUUAAUAAAACCUAUAUUUUCACUCA